UGUUUGUUACAAGAAAAUUCUGUCGAAUGACGAAUUUUGAGCAAUAUUGUGUAUUUGUUUUAAUAAUUAUGUUGAUUCAAGCAAUACUUUACAAAAUUAAGGAGACACUUUAUCUAAGUAAAUAUAAAAAUUGAAAUUUCUGCAACGAUCGAUUUACGAAAUCAGGAGCGGAAGAAUAAGCGUACGCCUGCGCCACGUCCUGUACGUAAUCUGUUAUUUCAAGUACUCGUGCGAAGCGUACAGUAUUAGAAAUUAAAUAUGUAGUUCAAUUUUUACCAGAUUUUUCAUACAACAUCUUAAAAGUGAUUGCAUAAAACGUUGCACGAAAGAUUUUAGCAAAAAUGCGCAACAAUGAAGGAUCAGUGUUGUACUUGUUACUAGUAUUAAUCUUAUGCGCAGAAGUAUGUAUGACAAACGCGAGACAUUUGAUUAAAAAGAGAAAUUAUAGCGAUCAAAGCGUGAGAGGUUAUUUGGCAGAGCGGACUUGUUGGUGGAAUGAGGUCUGCAAAGAAGAAUUUCACAGCAAAUUCCGCUGCCGUUGUCCAAGAUGGUCCUAUUGUCGUGCUCCUGGCAGAUAUUACGACGCUCAUUGCAGUAUAACACGUACAGGCUACAUUUGGACUCAACCAGAAACUUCGUUGACGCUCGAAGUUAAUAAAUGAGUCCUUUUUGUAAAUUCUUCUUUGAUCGCACUUAUCCAAAGAUCAAUCAAAAACUAGUACAGUAGGAUCCCAACUACGCGAGGGAUAAGGCUGUUUGGAUGAGAGAAUUUACGGAUAAUAGAACAGUUACUCUCCUGAUGUUCACUUUUACGUAUGUAUUAAAAAAAAAAAAAAAAAAAAAAAAAAAAAAAAAAAAAAAAAAAAAACGAGAGAAGGGAAGAACAUAAAUAUCAAUAAUAGCAAUACAAACAAUGAUAUUAAAUAUAAUUCUAUUAAAGAUUUAUGGGCCCGAAGUUCUUUUAGCUGUUAAAUCACACAACUUUUUUAGCAGAUCUAAUUCGGUAAAGUUACAUUCCAUUUGUGACUGCUACCAUCUUAACUCUAUUUCUAACGCUUCAAAUAUGUACUUGGAAACGUUGAGGAAUAUCAUUGUCAUUAUAUUCAUGUUUCAUUUCAUUGCCCGAAAUACACGUAAUAUUAGUAUCAUGGCCAAUCGAAGAAGAUUCAUCACAUUGAAACCAUUCUAUCAGGUCGGCAUUAUCAUAACCUCUAUCAGUUCGACGGAAAACUAACUAUUAUACUAAGAAGAAAAUUAAUUUAACGUUGAAUUUGCUUUAAACACUCGAAAACAUUUGAACAUGUUAAUGGUAAAUCAUGUAAAAGUGAUAUUUUCUAACUUGCUUUCCUUAAAAAAUUUCAUUAUUUAACUCGCCUCUUAAAAGCUUUUAUACGCAACGACAACUUUCAAACACAACGAUCAAUUGCAUUCAACGACGCAGAUUUCCAAGCGAAGCUCGAAUGUGCAUAUAUUUAUCUUCUAUUCUCAACGAAACACUUUACACUGUUGCCGGUUGAUUUUGUUAAUUCUAUAUUAGGCGUUUACAGUAAUUAUAAUAAGUAAUGUAAUGUUAAAUAUAUUGAAUAUUAUAUUUAUAUUGUAUACUAUAUCGUAUUUCGAUGCGCAAUAUCAUUAUGUAUUUUAAAUUACCUUUUGCAUACAUUUUAUUGAAUGUGUAUUUUAAGACCAACAUGUGUAUGCAUAUUAGUUACAUGUUUAAAUCAUACACCCAUAAGUAUCUAAAUGUUAUAAUUCAAUUAAUUAUAUUAAAAGAUGUAUUUUUGUUAUCCGUGAAUAUAUUAUCAACGUAUCCAUACUAUGGGAUAAACUAAUUUCAAAUAUAAUUAUCAAGUUAGACACAGUUUUAAGUAAUGUAAUUAAGAAAGGCAAAAGACUUAGAUAAAAAGAUUUAUUUGCUAAUACUCAGUCAAAUAUUCUUUUAAUUUAUUUAAUUUUGCUAUUUAAUCGUGACACAUAAAACGUAUUCUUCAAAUGUAUGCAUAGAAUGUUUACAAUAAAAAUUAUAAUAAAGUACAGUAAAAUUUGAUGCAAAAUGUUUGUCGAAUGCAUUAUCUGAUAAAUCUUAUUCUUUGUUUCGGUUACAUUAUUAAUUAUAUACAUUAAUUUAUAUGCUAUUACUUGAUUAAAACUUUACUUACUUUACACCAGUGCCUAGCAUAACGUACUAAUUGACUCGAAAUAGAAGAUGAGAAAACUAAAAAUUAAUCAUCCGAUGACUAGUGCUUUGCAAGAAAUUAAUAAUAAAUAGAAAUUAAUUUACGUAGAAUGUAAUUUAAAUUAAUAAUAAUUUUAAUAAAUUAAAAAUUGAUAUAAGCUGAAUGUAUAUACACGUUAAAAAUGAUAAUUACUCAUUUAACGUCAUAUAAAUAUUAAUUUUAAAUAUUAUAAAUAUGUAUAUAGUACGUUUCUAAAAAUAUAUAAUCUUUUACAUAUCGAUAUCCUUUCAUCGUAUAUGUAUGAUAAAAACUAAUACCUACAUAUAUUUUCAUGUAACAUAUGGCAAUCUUAUUUUUCUAAUACAUCGUCGAAUUACAUUAUUUUUCACGUUGCAUGAUUCUUCGUGUGUUCUCUUAUAUUAUUUUUGUGUUUUAUAUUAGAUAAUUUACUUUAUCAUUUAUAUACAAAGAGAACAAUAAAAAUAUUGCUAGUGAAUUAUUAAUCAACGUGACAAUAUUAUUUUAAUUGUAAUCAGGCAAGAUGAAAUUGACUGCUUCAGAUGACGUUGUGGGACAAGUCAUGAAUUCGUUGUUCCAAAGUAGUCAAUUUUUUUCUCAUACAAUUUUUCGUAUUAAAAAAGGUAUGCACAAGCGUCUUAGGAUAUUAAAGUAACCGAGAUACACGAAACACCCUGUAUUAAUUAACAAUACAUAUAUCCUUUUCUAGAAAAGUAAAUGAGACCUAAAUUAAUGCUUGAAAUAAGUAAUAUAAGUGAUGUAGAAAUCAGCUCCUAUAAAAUAUAUUACAGCUUUACACAUGAUUUCUGUUACAAGUUAUUUGAAGAAGAAAAGUUCAUAUACAUCAGUUAUAUAAGAAUAUACAUUAACUCAUAUGAUCUUUUUUCAUUAAUCAUUCUUAUGCAUGAUAUAUAUUUUUAGAUAGAUUUAGAUUUUAUAUUAUACAAUUACAUAGCAAAAUAGUAAAUCUUAGAGUAGCUGUACUGCGUCAUAUAAUUUGUACUAUACCAAUGAUUAAAUAAUGAGAAUUAUUAUAUACAAUUGCACAUAAUCACGUUAAAGUAGUUAACGAUUUUAAAAAUAUUGAAGAUCUGGUUCCAAAAACUAGAAAUUAGUCUCCCUUAUUGCAUUCAAUUCCAUGUUUACUAGAUAUUUUUGGAUAUUUUUGUUGGAAAUAUGAGAUCUCUUAUGCCUCUUUUUGAUAGAGUUUCAUAGACCUACGUUUUUUGAUUCCCGAUAAAUCAUAUAAGUUUAAAAUCAAAAUAAAGAAAGAAGAAGAACAAAAAUUUGAACUUUACAAACAUUUCUAAAUU